AAUUGAUCGCAUAGACAAGAAAAAAGUUAAAAAGCUCAACGAAAUUCAAUUAAACUGAGUAUUUAGCCAGGAUAAACAGCAGGAUUAACACAUCGAGUGACAACAACUGGAGGUGGACAGAGGUGUUGUGUAGUGCAUAUUUAGAAGAAGAAAAACUAGAAAGAAAAAAAAUUGUGAAAAUGUUCAAGUUCGUGUGUUUAUUUGCCUUGGUGGCAACCAGCGCUGCCGCCAGCGCCAAUCAAGUCUCCGAGACAGAUAGCCUACUGACCAGCGCCCUUAAAAUGGUCAAGGAGUGUGGUGAUCGAUCGAUGAUUUUGUGUAUGAAGGAACGCGCGUUGCACUACUUCGACAACGAGAAUGGUGAUGUCAAACUGACCGAAGGCAUUUCGCUAAUAAAAACCGAUGACAUCCCAGUUGGACGUUCAUUAAAUGAUGUAGACUUGCCGGCAGAACCAGAAGCGCGUGAAAAUGAGGUCGAUGCUUUGUUGGUGGAGCGUGUAGCGCGAUUCUUUGGCACACACACACUGCAAUUCAAAGUGCCCAAAGAUUCCAUUCAGGAUAUGCAACGUGCGCUCGAAGAAUCGCGUGGCAAGAAAAAGGAGAAGAAGAAGUACCUGCUGCCCCUGUUGAUGCUCUUCAAAUUGAAAAUGGCUGCCCUACUCCCGCUCGCCAUCGGUUUCUUGGCAUUAAUAUCCUUCAAGGCGCUCGUCAUCGGCAAGAUUGCAUUGCUGCUUAGCGGUAUUAUUGGUCUAAAGAAAUUGCUCGAAUCGAAGAAGGAGAACUAUGAAGUCGUAGCACAUCCACACUACUCGCACGAGGAACACGGGUAUGGACGUUCGCUGCACGAGGCGCAAAAGUUGGCCUAUUCAGCGUAUCAGCAAUAGGAGAAGACGCGCAAAUCGGGGCAGAAGAAGAAUGUGGCUAAGCGGGAGUGCAAUAUGUAUAUCCUGAA